CUGAUUUAAAAGCCCGUCCAAAAUCGCUUCGCGACAGUUGGAGCAGAACGUAGCGUGAAGCAGCUUGAAUCAAAUUUUUCUCGAGGUGACUUCAACAAUCACGUCAUGGGAUCCCAACGAGCUAUUCGAAUUUUCUUGCUGCUGAUGGUGAUUCAACUUUGCUGCGAAAUUUUGCUAGCCAGGAACAGCGAAAAACCUGAUGUUAUAAUCGGAACAUUAAUAGGAAAGUCUAAAUAUUCGGGUAGAAAAUAUGACCUAGACGAUGAUACAGGAGAUUAUUAUGAUACGCAAUAUUUUGAUGAUGAUGAUUUUGAUGCACACACAAUAAAGCAUUCGAAUAAUACGGCCAAUUUGAGACUAUUGUCGGAUCAUAGAGUACAUUCGAAUUCUGAUCCACAUGUAACCAAAGUGCCGGCAAGGAGAUCUCAAUUCUUGGAUAGCGAACACAGAGACAAUUUAAGACAAUUGUCGAAUAGGAUGCAAUAUUCGGAAUCUGAUCCACAUGUAACCAAAGUGCCGGCAAGGAGAUCUCAAUUCUUGGAUAGCGAACACAGAGACAAUUUAAGACAAUUGUCGAAUAGGAUGCAAUAUUCGGAAUCUGAUCCACAUGUAACCAAAGUGCCGGCAAGGAGAUCUCAAUUCUUGGAUAGCGAACACAGAGACAAUUUAAGACAAUUGUCGAAUAGGAUGCAAUAUUCGGAAUCUGAUCCACAUGUAACCAAAGUGCCGGCAAGGAGAUCUCAAUUCUUGGAUAGCGAACACAGAGACAAUUUAAGACAAUUGUCGAAUAGGAUGGAAUAUUCGGAAUCUGAUCCACAUGUAACCAAAGUGCCGGCAAGGAGAUCUCAAUUCUUGGAUAGCGAACACAGAGACAAUUUAAGACAAUUGUCGAAUAGGAUGCAAUAUUCGGAAUCUGAUCCACAUGUAACCAAAGUGCCGGCAAGGAGAUCUCAAUUCUUGGAUAGCGAACACAGAGACAAUUUAAGACAAUUGUCGAAUAGAAUGCAAUAUUCGGAAUCUGAUCCACAUGUAACCAAAGUGCCGGCAAGAAGAUCUCAAUUCUUGGAUAGCGAACACAGAGACAAUUUAAGACAAUUGUCGAAUAGGAUGCAAUAUUCGGAAUCUGAUCCACAUGUAACCAAAGUGCCGGCAAGGAGAUCUCAAUUCUUGGAUAGCGAACACAGAGACAAUUUAAGACAAUUGUCGAAUAGAAUGCAAUAUUCGGAAUCUGAUCCACAUGUAACCAAAGUGCCGGCAAGGAGAUCUCAAUUCUUGGAUAGCGAACACAGAGACAAUUUAAGACAAUUGUCGAAUAGGAUGCAAUAUUCGGAAUCUGAUCCACAUGUAAUCAAAGUGCCGGCAAGGAGAUCUCAAUCCUUGGAUGGCGAAUACAGGGACAAUUUAAGACAAUUGUCGAAUAGAAUGCAAUAUUCGGAAUCUGAUCCACAUGUAACCAAAGUGCCGGCAAGGAGAUCUCAAUCCUUGGAUGGCGAAUACAGGGAUAAUUUAAGACAAUUACCGAGUCGUAGGAGACAGUAUUCGGAUUCUGAUUCGAAUGUAGCCGAAGUACCGGCAAGAAGAUUUCAAUCCUCGGAUGAGUUAAAUGAUUCGGAUUAUUUAGAACAAUAUUCGGACUUUUCUCCGCUUUUAGACUUGCGUAGCAGACAAUUGCAAAGAAGGAAUCUUGAAAUAUCAUCAGGAUUUAAAUCUAAACAUUCCGAUGUCGAAGAUACGGUUGUUCCAAAACAACCUUCGGAUCAUGAAAGACGAUAUUUGCAUCCUGAAACUGCGUAUGUAAUUAGUCUGGUUUCAGCAAGAAAGUUACAAGCGCCGCAAAAAUCUUCCCUUCAAACAUUCGAAUAUCUUGAUUCUGACUAUGCUCAACAGUCAAAUAUUCAAGAGAACCUGAGUCCUGCGGUAGAAUCUACAAAAUUGAACGUGAAGGAUACGGAUUUAUUACCGCAAGUCUUUUUUAAUGAUCCAAAAAAUCCGAAACGUUUUCAUGAAGAUAUAAUAAUUGCAUGCCCUAAAGGAACGCAGUUUGUAGUCGAUCGUUGUGAACCAAUUUUCUAUUCUGAAAAUGCCAGUGCCAAAAUCAAGAACAUUAUCCGUAAAUCUGAUACUUAUUUAGACGAUUACGAUGAGAAUAAGUAGAGAUAUUGCACGGAUAAUCCACUGUAAAUAAGAAGAAUAGAAAUAUUGUAGAGUUACUAAGAUUUCGGAAAAGAGUGAUCGU